CUUCAUGCGGCCCGCCUGGAGUAGCCAGCGGCGGCUGCAGCUGCAGGUGGGGCGGGGGCCGCGCGAGCCCUGAGAUCCCUGCACGCCUGGCCAGACGGCGGCGGGACUGCAGCCAGGGGCAGCCCGGACGCGCUUCUUCAUCCCGAAGCUCCUUGAAUAUCAAGGCCUGAUGUGCCCAAGAAGCAAUUUCUGGUAGAAAUCUGAAGAUUAUCUUUAAGGUAUAAAGGUCAAUGAAUUAAGGACAAGAAGGUUUCAAAUCAGUCCCUGCUAUGUGGAUAUUUGUUAGCAAUGACUGAUGUGGAAACUACAUAUGCAGAUUUUAUUGCUUCAGGAAGAACAGGUAGAAGAAAUGCAAUACAUGAUAUCCUGGUUUCCUCUGCAAGUGGCAACAGCAAUGAAUUAGCCUUGAAAUUAGCAGGUCUUGAUAUUAACAAGACAGAAGGUGAAGACGAUGGGCAGAGAAGCUCCACAGAGCAAAGUGGGGAAGCCCAGGGAGAAGCCGCCAAAUCUGAAAGCUAACACUCCAUUCUGACCUUCAACAACACCUGACAAUGUGGCGAAUCUCCUGGCUUCGCUCGGAUGUAUUUGCUGCCAUGAGUGAAAAGGAGGGGAAGAAAAUGGCUGUGCUGCAUGGCAAGAAGCUGUGCGUUGCCAUGUUUAAAGUGGGGGCAGAGCCUGUGUCUGCAGACAGCCGUUUCCCUACCUCUGUCAUUAGCAAUGGUUGAAAUCACCUGGCCUGUGCUUGGAUAUCAUUUUUGUAUGGGUCCUUUCACUUGACCGUAUAAUGAAAUGCUUGUAGAGAGUAGCACCGACCUCGCUGAUGAUUCCUGUAGCAUCUGGCCCCUCAUGAAGUCAGAGGAUUUAAUUGUGUCUAAUUGAAAAGGGUUGGUUGAACCCCAGAGUUUAAUUGUCUCUGGCUGGAGUAUUCACCCAGUGAAAGAACCAUCCAGAGAGCACUGUUAGCGUUCUGUCCCUGUGUGUUAGUGCUGUGUUAUUUACACUGUUUUGUAGCGUGCAGUAUACCUGCUCAGCACUGCCCUUUGAUUGCUUAUGUAAAAGAGAGGAUGUACAUUACUGUGAAUUUUUAUACCACUCAUUUUUAAAGGGCUGCCUUUUUAAUUUUCCAUAGUGUUGUGGCAUGCACGGGAAGAACAUACUUUUGUAAAACACUACUUUCCUCUUGAUAACUGUGUGCUGACGGUUAAGUCCACAAGAUUCACUGAGACCCCUUUGCUUUGUUACACAGGCAUUUGGAAAUAUCCAUUAAUGUGAAUAUUGCCUGAGUUCAGUCCUCUCAGUAUCUGCAUAGACAAGAAUUCUAUCAAUAUUGAUCUUAUUUCUAAAUAAGAAGUUCUUUCAGCUAAUAUUCUAAUUUUUCAUAAUAAGAACUUUUAAAAAUUGAGAAGGUAGAAAAAGAAAGCCAGACAAUACUAAAUAACUGGAAAUACUGUGCUCUGUGGAUCAGUUUUCUCAUGCAGAUGUGUACCACUGUUUAAACCUGGAGGAUGGCUUGUGAAGAAAGUACUCUCCUCCCAACCCUCUGGGUAGCAGUCCAAGGCGUGAUGACUUUGUGUUGUGUUCCACCAUGACCUUUUUCAGCCCUUUCAUAUCCAGAUGUUAUUAUGCACUUUUUAACGUUUGUAAACUUUUACUAAUAAUUAGUGUAAAUUACAUUCUGAUACAAUAUUUAUCCCCUAACCACACUUGUACUGAUGCUGUUGAUGGUGUGUUUUGACAUCGUGAUUCUUGUAUGGAAAUUUUUUGUGGCCUGUGUAACCCUUCUGGUCAGUAUUAUGAAAUCAACUCUCUGUGGUAGUAAAUAAGGACACAGUAAGAUGCCCAGGGCUCACGAAUUAUGGGACAAAUAUCAGAUGACAGAAGGCCUUUGCAACAAAAGAUCCCCUAAGUGUCCUGGAGAGCAUAGCUACAGUUCCAGGUUAAGAGUAGUUUCAACACAAUCCAUGGGUCUGACAGGAACUCAGCCUGUCACUGUAGUUACUCACAAGGUGCAAGGGAUGCCUGCUCACAUCUUCCUUUACAGUGCAUUUUUUACUGACUGGGAGUACAUGAGUCUCAUUUAGUCCCCAACUGGAUGUUCUCCAGAAAAACAAGGAAUAUUAAAUAUGUCUUUCUGGAUAUAGAACAUCAAAUUGAUUAAGUAUGGGAUGCCUUGCUUUGAUCUAACUCAUUGGAGGCUAGUUAGGAGGGAAAAGAUCUAACCAUUGACAGACUCAAACAUGUUGGAAGAAGCUUCUGGGCCUGUUUAAACAAUCUUUGAUAAUCUAUUUAAAACAUUCAACAGUUUUUGAAGUCCUUUUUUAAUUAUCCUUAUAGCUUUCUUGUGAUUAUGAAGUUCAUUCUCAAAGUUGUGGAAUUCCAAACUGAUUACUGUGUGUUUUGUAAAGUUUAAAACCAGUGCUGAGUCUAUGUGGAAGGUUUAUAUCCCUGUGUGUGAUACACUAUUACUAAUGCAUGUGGCGCCAUGCUUGUCUUCAAUUAUAUAAAUAAUGCUAAAUGGAGAAGUCAUAUGAAGCUUUUGAUUUUGUUUUACCUCUUACUACUACUUUGCAUACUGUAUUCAAAUACAGAGGUAUUCUCAAGCUAGGAAGGGAAAAAAGCAUUCUCGGUCUCCCACAUUUUAUCAGUUUUGCCUGGCAAAAAGUGCAUAGAAUCUCCUAGUUUUAUUUUAAUAUCUCUUAUUUGCAACUAAAGUAAUAAUACAUAAGGAAUGGAUCUGUAAUGACAGAUGGAAGAGUAGACCAUGUAAACAAGUGUUUGUUAACUAUCCCAACUGAGUCACUUCAGAACCCUUUCUUUCAACUCUUCAAAUGCACCAUUUAGAAUUCAAUAUUUCUCCCCAUCAGACGCUGGGAAGUGAACAUGAAUAACGACUAAUUUUUGCAAGAUUAGAUAGCUAAUUUGAUCCCAUGUUUAUCAACAGAAUUUUGGUUCCACAUGUCAUAAAAUUAGAGCUAAAUUCACAGCAUAUUUCUCUGUUCGGAAAACGUUAGCAAUGCCCUCCUUCAGCUUGCAUUUCACAGAGAAAGAAAGUGAGUUUCAAAAGGGAAUUGCCUUUCUUCUGAAUUGCAAAUGGGUCAGUGGCACAUGUGGCUAAGCCCACAUUUAUUUUUGUUUUAUGGUUUUGUUUUUUUAAAAUAUUCAAUCAUACCUUAUUUUGAGAGUUUACUUCUAGCAUGUAAACUGAAAAUUUGCAUAGGUUUAUUUUGUGAAUGUUAUCAAUAUUCUAUGAUUUUAUUUAGUUACCAAGAAACACAAAGAUUUCUGUUUUUGAUACAUUGACAAUGAGUGAGAAGUUGUUGAAUUUACCUUUUUCCAAAUGAAAGCAUUUUAUAUUCAUGCAUGUUCAUCCCAAGUUCACAGAAAUGCUCUCUACUAUGUAAUUGAAAUCAUGACAUUCAUUUUUCAGGAAAAACUAGCAUAGUAGGCCACUGUUGAUGCCCUACCACUGACUCUUCCUCUGACACGGCAGCCAGUCACCAUUUUAGAAAAUGAAUGGCAUUUCUAUUUUUUUUCUCAGAGGAAUAAUAAAAGAAAAAUAUGUAACUGUUGGGCAGCAAGCUUCUGAGUUAAUCCUGCAAUAGUGAGGAGAAAAUGUGUAGUCAUUAAAUGAAAACAAGGAAGGAUCCAUAAUUUAUGAUGUCUUAGAAGCCCAGUAUUGUUCUUUGACUGAAGAAUGGCAGCCUUUGAAGUCAUUGUGAGCUUCUAUGACUUUUGUAUUUAGCAAUGUUGCAUGCUCACACAAUUGAUAUUAAAAGCAGUACUUGUUUUCUGAAA